AUGGCGGAGGAAUGCUUAUCACAUGCCAUGGAUUUGAGUGGCUUGUUACUUCUUUAUUCUGCUUUCGGUGAUGCUGAAGGAAUCACUAGACUUGCCUCUCUUGCUAAAGAGCAAGGGAAGAACAACGUUGCCUUCCUUUGUUUGUUUUUGUUAGGUAAAUUGGAGGACUGUCUUCACUUGUUGGUGGAUAGCAACCGUAUACCGGAAGCUGCAUUGAUGGCUCGUUCAUAUCUUCCAAGCAAAGUCUCAGAGAUUGUUGCAAUUUGGAAGAAAGAUCUCAAUAAGGUCAAUCCCAAGGCGGCAGAGUCUUUGGCUGAUCCUGAAGAGUACUCAAAUUUAUUUGAGGACUGGCAGGUUGCACUUGCUGUGGAGUCUAAUGUUGCACAGAACAGGGGCACCUACCUGUCUGCAGAGGAAUAUCCGGUUCAUGCUGAAAAGUUGAAUGUGAAUCUUGUGGAAGCAUUCAAAAGCAUGCAGGCGGAUGAAGGAGACUUGCCUCUUGAAAAUGGAGAUUUAGGUCAUGAGCUAGACAAUACUUGGUUCUCACCCCGAUCCUUGCAUGUUGCAUGA